GGGGGCUUUGAGAUUUUUUCUCUUGCUGCUGCAGAUUCCAAAUUGAUAUAUAUAUAUAUAUAUAUUUUGGGUUGGGGGAAGGAGGGUGGGCAAUGAAGAACAAGUCUUCUCCCAGUCUCACUGUGGGUGAGGGUAACCUUCCAAGAUUUGCAUUCCCCAAAACAGAUUUUCAUCCCUCCGCUCACUUGGAUGACGCUGCUCAGGACAUUCAAGACAUGAGAAAUUGCUACAAUGGCCUGCUUUCUGCUGCUGCUGCAACUGCAAACUGUGCAUUUGAAUUCUCAGAAUCAUUACGAGAAAUGGGUUCUUGUCUGCUGGAAAAAGCAGCAUUACAUCAUGAUGCAGAUGCAGAAACUUGUGAAGUUUUAUCAAUGUUGGGGAAAGUGCAGUCUGAACUCCAAAAACUUGUGGAUAACUAUCGCCAUCAUAUAAUCGAGACAAUUACAAACCCAUCAGAGUCACUCCUUAAUAACCUUAAUACUGUUGAGGACAUGAAACGACUGUGUGAUGAAAAAAGAAACAUAUAUAAAGACAUGGUGAGACAACAAAAGGAAAAAGGAAGGUUAAAAGGCGAGACUUCCACUCCACAGCAGUUACAAACAGCUUAUGAUGAAUAUAAUGAAGAGGCAACCCUAUGUGUUUUCCGGUUGAAAUCUCUUAAGCAAGGACAGUCCAGAAGCCUUCUAACGCAAGCAGCUCGCCACCAUGCAGCUCAGUUGAAUUUCUUUCGGAGAGGCCUUAAAUCACUUGAGGAAGUUGAGACACAUGUUAGAAUGAUUACUGAAAAGCAACGCAUUGAUUACCAAUUCUCUGGCCUUGAAGAUGAUGGUAGGGAAGAUGGUGAAAAUGGCUACCAUACUAAUGAAAGUGGAGAAUUGAGUUUUGAAGCAAGUGAAAAGGGGUUUGAUGCGACUACUGCACCAAGUAAUUCAAUGGAGGUUGAUGAAGUGGGCAUAUCAUUUCCCCUUACUUCAAAGGUAAACCUGGAUAAGAGCCAAGAAGUACAUGUCUUAGGUAGAGAACACAGACUCAGCAGCUAUUCAGCUCCCUUAUUUCCCGAAAGCAAAUUCGAGCCACCUGAAAAAGUCAAAGAAAUGCCUGAGUCAUCUAAAAGGAAGUCUCACACAUAUGUACUGCCCACACCAAUUGAUUCAAAGGGCACAAUCUCUUCGAGAACAAUUACUUCUGUUUCCCAUAGUAGACCAGCAAACCUUUCUGGACAUACCCACAAUCUGUGGCAUUCUUUGCCACUGGAACAGAAGAAGCAUGAAAAAGAUUCUGGUGAGGGCCAACAAGGGGAGCUAACCACCUUAAAAGCUCAGUUUGUAUCCAAAGAGAGUGACAGUAGUAAUGCCUCCAUGCAAUUGCCUCUUCCAUCAGCAGAGGGGCGUUUACCGCCACAGCAGGAUGCAUCCAGUGCUUCUGAUGCAAAAAAGACAAAAAGAAAAGCUCUUUCAGGUCCACUGACUGGUAAACAAUCCUCAACAAAGCCGGUUUUAUUACCAAGUGGACCCAUAAUCACAGCUGAAGUCCCCCAGUUACCUUCUGGAAUACUUCCUCAGUUACCAAAUCCUCAACUUUUAUUGUCUCGGAUAGCAUCCCCAACUGCUUCACCUCCCCUUGAGUUAUCACCUGGAAUAAAUGAGCUUCAUGAGCUUCCACGGCCUCCAGCUGGUAGUUUAGUUGCUAAGGCAGCAAAAUUUCCUGGCUUGCUAAGUCAUUCUGCUCCACUGGGCUUAAGAAGUCAAGAGCUUUCCAUGAUAAAUAGUAUUCAUUCAGCAGCAUCAAGUGCACCAGCUCCUCUUCCAUUGCCACCAUUGAUUGUCCCUCGGAGUUCCUCCAUACGUUCUAGCAGUCAAAGAGCAAUGGCAUUACAUGUUUCUAGGCAUUUGGGGUCUGCCCAGAGCCAGAUUCCAUUCAAGGAUGCAGAGAUUGCAUCAUCACCACCGUUGACACCCAUCUUCUUUGCAAACAUGAAAGCAGUGCCAAGUAUUACAGAAGUGGCAUCACCUAACAGCCAAAUCAGAGAUUGAAGCACAGUCCAUUUGGUUUAUAAACAAGAAGAAGAUGGUAGAUUUGUUUUCAUUGGUAGGAGGAUAAAGGGUAUGUUUUAUUUUUUAGGCUCCAGAAUGGCAAAAGGCCGAGCAAGAUGUGAAAUGCUUAUUUGUCCUUGAUAAAAUGGCAUUGCCUGGCGGCAGGUGAGAUGAAAUGAAACUGUGAAUUGGUGAAAAUUAUCAGUUGCAGUUUUCCACACAUAGGAGGGGGUAGGUGUGUGCAUAUGAUAUUUUGUUUUUUUUUUUGGUAAGACAAGUAUUAUGGGAGUAAACUGCAUAGAAUCCCAAGUCUCUGGAAUUUUUGUAGUGUAUUGUUUGGUCUUUGAUAUCUCCUACAGAAAUAUUAUGCUAGUGCCUAGUAGCAGGAAAGAAGAAUUAAUCUGAAUCUCAUUUAGUUAGAGCGAGCCUAGAACUAGAAUUAACUUUAUAUAUGUCUGAAAUGUGAAAUCAGUUCCUUAACUAUGUGUUAUUUACUUGUAUGUUGGAUUUGUCAACAAAGUUAACAAAUCAAU